AUGCCGCCAAAGAAAAAGCAAAAGCUUGAAAAACUCGACAAACCCACCUUACAUACCUGCAACAAGACUUCCUUUGCAAAAGCUUUCCUGCCAAACUAUCGCCAACAGCUUCUAGAUUACAUCGCCAUCAUCCAUCAACUCGCCAACCACGCUUCCCAUGCUCUCAAAUUCUACAUCCUAUCUGCACCAACCUUCACCAUGAACGAGGAGACCAUCGAAGCGAUUCUCUAUCUUCUCAACAAGGGGGAGGCUUGGCAUCCAAGAAAGGAAGCAAAGAAGGCAUGGCGGGAUUGUUUGCUGCCAUAUGUUCAACGGUACUGCCAAAUCGUCAGCUUCGUUCACCCAAAUCUACGAGGCGAGCAGCAAUCAGUCAAUUACCUGACAGCGAGUAUGAUGACGAACCUGAAAGUCAACGUUCAAGAGCAUUUCAUGCAGAUGCUCCUUCGGUACAUUAAUCUGCGGCUCGACGUGAAGGGACAGAAGCAGCGACUGCCACCAAAAAGCAAUGCGCGAAAGGCUUUCUUUACUCGGCUACGCUACUUGAAGUCAGUUUUCCUUUUUGAUGUGGUGCCCGAGUUGGAGUUCCUGGAUGACUUGACACCAUUGGAGAGCGAGGUUCUUGAAGAGAUUUGGUCAUUGGAUCUCCCAUUCCUUCCUAACGAUCCCCUUGCCUACACCAUUGUUGCUGAUCCAAUGUCAUUUUUUCCCGCGUACUGCAAACUCUCUGGGCUGUAUGAACAAUAUGGCUUCUGA